AUGGCUUCGCCUUUGGAGCAGUUUGUAAAUAAUGUUAGAACUUCAUCAGCCUCAGGUCAUUUUAGAGAAAUAGUUGAAAUGAUAGGAAAGUCAGAUGAGGUCUUACAAAGAAAUAUUGCUCAUUUAAAUACAGUUUUGGAGACUUUAGAUGUACAGCAACAUUCUCUCGGAGUUUUAGCUGUUCUUGUUGCAAAAUAUGCCAAUCCACAGGGAAUGAAUGAAGCUGAUAAAACUAAUAUGUGUGCAAAAAUUCAUGAAUUCAUCACCAAUUGUAAUGGAGAACAAGUAAGAUUGAAACCUGAUUUGUAUGCGGAGCUAUGCCAUCAACUUACAGAGCAUCUUAUAGAAAUGAAACAACCAAUAAGGGGUAUUGAGAUACUGAAGAAAGCAAUAAAGAAAAUACAAUUAUUUGAUUCCCAGUUGACCUCCAUACAUGCCGAUUUAUGUCAACUUUGUUUGCUUUCUAAAUGUAUGAAACCAGCUCUUGAAUUUUUAGAUACUGAUAUCACAGGAAUUGGAUCAGAGAUGGGUGGGAAUAAUGAUUCCAAGCAUUUUCUGUUGUACUAUUACUAUGGAGGGAUGAUUUACGCUGCCAUGAAAAACUAUGAUCGCGCGUUAUACUUUUUUGAAGUCGUUGUUACCGUUCCAGCAAUGGUUGUAUCACAUAUUAUGCUUGAAGCUUACAAGAAGUACAUUUUGAUCUCAUUAAUUCUGCACGGGAAGAUUUUGACUAUGCCUAAAUAUACUUCACAAGUAGUAUGCAGAUUUCUUAAGCCAUUAUCUGUUGCUUAUCAUGAGCUAGCGUCUUCACAGCAUGCAGCUAUAAAGCAUAGGGAGACAUUUGUACGUGAUAAGAACAUGGGAUUGGUAAACCAAGUUCUCAACUCAAUGUAUAAGAAGAAUAUACAGAGGCUCACUAAAACUUUCUUAACAUUGUCACUGAGUGAUGUAGCAUCAAGGGUGCAGUUAGCUGGUCCAGCACAGGCUGAAUCUUAUGUACUUAAUAUGAUUGAAGAAGGGGAGAUCUAUGCAAUGAUAAAUCAAAAAGAUGGCAUGGUUGUAUUUUUGGAUAGCCCUGAAAAAUAUGCCUCACCAGAAACAUUAUGUGUAUUAGAACAGCAGAUGGCUGCCUGCACUAAACUUCAUCAGUAUAUACAGGAAAUGGAUGAACAAAUACAAGUCAAUCCUCAAUAUGUUAAGAAGUCUGCGGGAAGCCAUGAAGAAGAUAUACCUGCUACAAGUCAAAACUCAAAGACAACUUAUUCUAUG